AUGAAAAUGGAAUUGGAGUUUUCAGCAAUGUGGAUGGUUUUCUUAUGCAUAUGUUGUAGCCUUAUGAUAAGCUAUAACCGUGGCAUCGUCGAAGCGGCUGAGACAUUAAAAAAUGUUGAAGAUUUGGACAUAGAGCAAGAACUUAAGAUUAUUAACAGGCCUGCUGUUAAAAUCAUCAAGUCUAUCUAUGGUGAAGAGUAUGGGUGCGUGGAUUUCUACAAACAACCAGGAUUUGACCACCCAUCCAUGAUGAAUCAUACAUUCUUCCAUGACAAGAUGCGUAUGUCAUACCCGGAAGGAUCAACAAAGCAUAGGAGGGAGAAACUUAGUAAAAAACAUUUUGGUCACUUAUGGGAGAAUGGUUUGGGUUGCCCUAUUGGUACAGUUCCCAUACUUAGAGUCACUAAAGUCGAUCUCUUGAGAUUGAAAUCGCUGGGUGGUGACAGUUCUAAUCCCCGAGGUUCAUGGAACAAUACUUAUGAACCUAUGCUUUCCGGUAAUGACCAUCAUUUUGCUGUGACACGGACAAAAAGGAAACCAAAGAUUUACAAUGGAGCGACCAUGAGGGCAGCUAUUUUUACUCCUCCGGUUGAACCGAAUCAAAUCAGCUCUACUCGAUUGCACAUUCAGAUCGGAAGUGAAUUCAUUCAAGCAGGCUGGACUGUAAACCCCCUACUAUACCAGGGAGUCAUAACUCGGCUAUUCGUUUUUACUAAUGCAGGAGGACAUCAGUGUUAUCAUUCCAGAUGUCCCGAUGGAGCCGGAAUGAUAUUGGUCCGUGCAGAUAUGGCUCCUGGAAUACCUCUUGUUGCGCAAAACAUAAAAGGCAUACAAGCUAUAGACAUCGCCAUAAACAAGGAUCAAACCAGUGGGAACUGGGGUCUGUACGUGUCGAAUGAAUUAAUUGGCUUCUGGCCAGCGAGCAGGUUCAAAGAGAGCUCCGGGACGGGGGUAGAAUGGGGAGGUGAAGUGUACAGUCCUUUAUCAUCUCCAAGUCCUCCGAUGGGUAACGGCCGUUUUCCGGUGGGGAACCCUCACUACGACUCAUAUAUCCGUGAUAUCUCCAUUAUCGACGAAAACUAUAAGGAAGAUAAUACUGUGAAGAACACGGAGAGUUAUACGGACAACAGUCAUGGUUAUAAAGUGAGAGACUCGACAGAAACAUGGUGGAAAGUAGGUCAUCUUGUCGUUUAUGGAGGCCCCGGUAAAAUUUAG